AUGUGGUCUUCACUAACACCAGCACGAAGACAAGCCACGACGACAUCAUGGAGGGAUCGCCUAUUGACCCUCCUCGUGGCCUUGACCCUCAUCCUAUCCUCACUUGCCAGUCCCCUCCCAAUUGAAGGUGCCGUCGUCAAAGCCAACAACAACGAUGCCGUCUCUCAGCCCCAAGGCCAAGCCAAAGCCGAAGCCAGGCAAUUCUCAGCACCAGCGCAAGCGCAAGAGGCCGAAACAACCAACGCCGCUACCCCCGAUGGCACGACCGACACCAACACAGACGACCCCCUCCUCCCCGAACGCAAAUACUUCCACGAACCCGGCUGGACCGAAGAGCUCAGUCACUACGACACCCGCUUCUUCACCUCGCCCGUCCCUUACGACCCCCACCUCGUGCACCUGCGCCACCUCAUCCGGUCGUACCUGCUCAUGACCUCGUCCCGCUCCUUGACCACCUGGCUCGCGCACGGCACGCUGCUAGGGUGGUACUGGAACGGCGCCAUCAUGCCGUGGGACUAUGAUCUCGACGUUCAAGUCAGCAACAUCACGCUGGGGGAGAUGGCGCGGGAGUGGAACCAGACGACGUUCGAUUACGUGUACACCCUCUCGGAACAAGAGGAAAAGGAAGGGCUGGGCAAACAGGGCGAUGUCAAUGUCAAAAAGUACUUGUUGGAUGUGAACCCGUACUGGGCGCAGAGGACGAGGUUGGAGGGGAUGAAUGUGAUUGAUGCGCGGUGGAUCGAUAUGGAGAAUGGUAUGUAUGUGGACAUUACGGGCUUGAGUGAGGAUCGCGAAGAGACGGGGACAAGACGAGGGGUGUGGAGUGAUAAGAACUAUCAUGGCUAUGGGACGAGACAGAUUUGGCCACUGAGGAGGACGGAAUUCGAGGGCGUGGAGGCGUGGGUGCCGUGGGAUGUGGAGGGGGUUUUGAAGGAGGAGUACGGGGCGAAGAGUUUGACGGAGGAGUCGUGGGCUGGACACCACUUUGACCAUGGGCGGAAACAGUGGGUGAAGACGGAGUUGGCGUAG